AUGGCAUCCCCACCCGCCCCCCUCACCCCCGACCAAAAAGCCUUCUUCCUCGCGCACGGCUACCUCAAACUAACCAACUGCUUCACGCGCGCCCAAGCCGCCGACGUCAUCGACGGGGUGUGGACGCGCCUCGGCAUGUCGCCCACCGACAAGCGCACCUGGACCAAAGAGCGGACCAACAUGCCCUCGCACCGCGCCUUCGACUGCGCGGCCUUCGCGCCCAAGGCCUGGGCCGCCAUCUGCGAGCUCUGCGGCGGCGAGGACCGCGUCAGCGCCGAGCCGUCCCGGACGUGGCGCGACUCGCUCAUCGUGAACCUGGGCACCGCGGCCGGCGAGGGAAGGCCGGUGCCGCCGCAGGAGCUGGCGAACUGGCACGUCGACGGCGACUUCUUCGUCCACUACCUCGACAGCCCCGAGCAGGCGCUGCUCGUCAUCCCGCUGUUCACGGACGUCGAGCCCGAGGGCGGCGGCACGAUGCUCUGCCCGCCGGCGAUCAACCGCGUCGCGCGACAGCUGUACGAGCACCCCGAGGGCGUGAGCCCGCGCAUGGUGCCGCGCGCGCACGCGGACUUUGGGAGGGAGCGGAAUCUGGAGUGGUACGCGGCGGUAGCGCGGGGGUGUGGUGGCGGUGGCGGUGCUGAGAAGGAGGGCUUCGUCGAGGCGACGGGGAGGGUGGGGGAUGUGUACCUGCUGCACCCGCUGAUGAUGCACAGCGCGACCCACAACGCGCGGCGCGCCGUGCGGAUCAUCACGAAUCCGCCUGUUAGUCUGCGGGAGCCGUUUUGUUUUGAUCGUGAGGAGGGGGAGGGGGAGUAUAGUCUUGUAGAGAGGAAGACGAUGGAUGCGGUGGGUGGUGGGGGUGGGGGUGGGGAGGGGAAGGGGAGGAAGAUGUUGAAGGGGUGGAGGAUCACGAGGCCGAGGGAGAGGUUGGUGCCGGAACGGGUGAGGGUGCAGGAGGCGAUGAAGAGGGAGGAGUUGAGGAGGUUGGAGGAGGAGGAGAGGGAGAGGGAGAGGGUUGCGAGAAAAGGGGAAGGACAUGGAAUUUUGAAAUAAACUUGACAGGGUACCUAUAGUGCUGUUUCAAUGCCUGUAGGUAUCACAGAAGCUGCAGUUGCAUUUAACUUGACAUUGAUGGUAUUGACCAGUGUAGAAUAGUUACCUAGGUACAAAAUGAAAUAAAAUCAUACAUACAUGUAGGUAUGUAAUUGACACUAUUUAUACUCUUCGGACUAACCAUAGUAGCUAAGCUUUUCAAA